AUGAAAGCAUUACUUGUUAUAUUAUGUAUGUAUUUAGUUUCAUCACUUGAAUUGGUAGAUGGUGAAUGUAAAGGAAGACAUGGAUAUUUCUGCUACACAGACAAUGAUAAGAAGAAGAAUUAUUAUCUUUGUAACAAAGGAGUUCAAAUGGGAUGUGUUAGAACUUGUCCAAAUGAAGAUGUUUGUACUGGUAGAGGUGAGUUUGAAAUAACCAAAGACAAGAUUUGUGUUGCACUUAAUGAGUCACACUGGGAGGUUGACCCAUUACCAACUCCUACACCAAAUAAAUAUCCAGUCAAUUGUACUGAAGUGAAAGAAGGAUAUUAUUGCUAUGAAGAAGAGUCAAAAAAUACUGAAUAUUAUUGGUGUGUUAACAGUGUUGGCUAUGAAAUGAAAUGUCCUAAUGGAACAACAUGUCAUACAAAAGACAUUGGUUAUAACAAUCCAUGUUAUUAA